ACUACCUACCCCAUUUCCCUAAAUGUGGGCAGGUACCAAGUUUGCGAUCUGCCUUCCCAAUCCCAUAAAGUUUUCCCCAUCAUCCAAACCUUUUGCAGAAACAACCAACGGGAGCGUGACACAAAUCUUGCGUAUAAACGGUGUUGGGUUCUCCUUCCUCUCCCCCCAUCGUCUCAUCGUCCGCGCCUCAUCGUCCAAUCUUGCAUCUUCCUGUUUUGGCAAGGCACCAGGCAUACUUCUUGGCUUUGUUCGGUAUAGCUAUUCCAUUUAGCUUUGACCGCAGUGUGUACGUGUGGCUUGCAGUAAGCACAAUACGCAUAAUCACAUCAUCGCAUAUAUCUUUUCCCCAUCUUGGCUUUUUUUUCCUCUUUUUUUUUUUUUUUUUUUUGAGGCGACCGGCAUAACCCUUUCACGCUAUCAUUAUAUUCUGGUCUCUACACCUGGCAACUUUGCCCUUUACUACGCCCUUGUAGAAGACCUUAUCCACCUGCGAGAUAGCUCCUCGCGUGUACACUUUCAGUCUCACAGCAAGACAUCACGAGGGGGGAACCCGCCGGAAGCGGCCUCCUAGGAUGAGCACACCCAACAAGGGCUCGGGCUCUGCGGCCGCCAGCAGUAGCGGCAGCAGCAGCAAGGAAAAGAGCAACAUCCACGCCCAUGGACACAUCACCGCCCCCCUGGAAACCUCACCGCAUGAUCCACCAGCAGGUAUAAUACCUGUACCCCACGGCCCGUCUCAGGGAGACCAGCGGUCCCAGUGGCCCGACGACCCCGCGGCACAGGAGCUGGCCAUUGAGCGCGCAAUCUUGGGCUACCUCACUCUGCCCGAUGACAGCUACAAUGACAAGGGCGUCUACUGGGCCGACCUGCCCUGGAAGGAGCGCGUCAAGUUCGUGCUGGAUGUCGACUCCAAGGAGGCCAAAUCCGAGCUCUCAUCCAUUGGUAGCAUGAUGAAGAAGGAUCCUCUGUCCCCAUUGGGCUGGUACAUGCGCAACGCCGUCCUCCCCGGUGCUGGACUGGGUCUCGAGGGUUACGUGCUGUUCAGUAUAGGCAACCUCGAGCCGCUCUUCAAGAGCACGUGGCCCGAGUGCUGGUCCACCACUGGAACAGCCUGCAGCAACAACUGGAUUGCCGCAGUCACCUACCUCGAGGUUAUUGGCAUCAUGGUUGGGCAGAUUGGUGUCGGAAUCAUUGGUGACUGGGUUGGCAGGAGAUGGGGUCUUAUUCAGGACGCCAGCAUCAUGUUCAUCGGCUUGCUGAUGCUGACAGCCAGUUGGGGCGUGACUCUGGAGGGCUGGGUGAUUCUGUACGGUUGGGCACUUUUCUUCUACGGUUUCGGUGUCGGUGGCGAGUACCCCAUUACCGCAACUUCCUCCAUGGAGGACUCGGUUCGCACCGACAGCCUCUCGACCCGUCAGGACCGUAUGCACCGUGGCCGCAAGGUUACAAUGGCCUUCCUGAUGCAGGGUUGGGGACAGUUCUUCAACCAGGCCAUCUUGAUUAUCCUGCUGCUUAUCUUCAACGCCGGCCGUGGCGACCCUCCUUACAGCGAGACCAACGUUCAGUGGACCUUCCGUAUCUCGUUCGCCCUCCCCGCUAUCGGAACUCUUUGGCUUGUCUACUACAGGAUCUGGCGUAUGCCCGAUGCAGGCCGGGAACUCAGGCUAGCCAAGAGCCGUGCCGGUGUUACGGGUUACGACAUUGCGUCUCUGAAGAGCACCGUGCAGCACUUUGGUGGGCGGUUGAUUGCUGCUGCGGGAGCUUGGUUUGCAAACGAUGUGUUCUUCUAUGGCAACAAACUCUUCCAAGGCCAGUUCAUCUCGGUCAUCUCAUCCAACCCCAAGAGUGUGAUGACUGCUUGGACCUGGAACCUGAUCAACGUUGUCGUCUCUCUGGCAGGCUAUUACUGCGCCUCGUUACUUAUUGACAGCAGACUUUACGGCCGCAAAAAGAUGCAGCUUAUCGGAUUCAUGAUGUGCUUUGUCAUGUUUGUGAUUCCGGCGUUCCAGUAUUACUACUACACCUCUGGUCCCAAUAUCAAGUCUUUCCAGGCCAUGUACUUCCUCUCGUCCUUCUUCAACCAAUUCGGACCCAACUCAGUCACCUUCCUUGUGGCUGGCGAGAUCUUCCCGACUUCGGUGCGCGCGUCUGCUCACGGCUUCAGCGCCUGUAUUGGCAAGGCCGGAGCCCUGCUCGCGUCUGUUCUGUAUAACUACAUCGACACGCAGACCAAGUUCUACGUGGUGCCCUGGUUCGGCCUCGCCGGCAUGCUACUCACCUGGCUCUUCCUCCCGGACACGACUGGCCUGGACCUCAAGGAGCAGGAGCGCCGCUGGCAGUACAUCCGCGACGGCCGUGCGAGCGAGUACCGCGGCGUUGCCAUCCACCCCAAGCAUCUCAGCCAGUGGGAGCGCUGGAUGGGUGUCGGAAAGCCUUACAACCCCGUUGAGGACUACGAGGACAAGGUUGACGACCUCAGGCGCGAGUGGGAGGCACACCAAACUAUGAAGACUGAGAAGGAGGUGCGCGGCGGAGCUGGUAGUGACGGAAAUGGUGCUGCCGCUGCCGCCGUUGGUGGUGGCGAUGGCGCACAGGAGGGCCUCUUUACGAACCAGGUCGACGACUACUUCCGCAACACCAAGCCGAGGCGUGUCAACAAGGGCAAGAACAAGGCAAAUGAUGUCACUGACGACGACACGAGGGCGUCUGCGUUAGGGUCCGGCGGUGUGAUGCUACCCGCGGGGCCUGAGACGGAGGUCAAGAACUAAUAAUUAUCAUCUUUUUUCUUCUCUUAAUCGGUUAUCGCGGGGGCAUAUUCUUUAAAAUUAAAAAAGCAUGAUAUCAGUACUUUGGCUAGGAUGUUUGGUUCAUAAUUUUGGCUACAAGACAUAGAGAGACAGAGGGCAUAACCUUGAGCUGAUUCCGAGAGAGGCUCAAGGGAAGGUAUAAAUAUCUCACAUGCUAAAUACGUAUAAAUUAACUUUUAAAUGCUGUCUAUUCUUGAGUCGAGAGUUCAC